GCAAAUAGACUCACAUGUGAUAGUUCGACUUUUUUGUCAAAUCCACAGUGGUUAUUAAUAAAAAUACAGCACUUGGUGUUGUGAUGCUUAUCAAAGCUCAGAUAGCUUCACGAUCGUGACAAUUUUAUUCCUGGUAGAUUAUGACCAUAUCAACGGUUAUGCCAAAUUUUAGUUAUGCCGUAAUUUCAGGCCUUGAACGUUUGCAGUUGUAUAAACAUUAGCGUUUCCCUUGAAAUUUGCGAUGUGUUUUGCCAGUUUCUUAGCCUCUCUCCGUUUUACACUGUUUACAGCGAUUUUCCAGUCAAGCGUCAGUCGAUUUGAGCUAGGAUCUGUUGCCUGGACGCCUACAGGGUUUCCUGCAGGUAUCACGCCUUGGACAGCGGCAUGGCAAAAUAGAUCGAAACCUUACCUGACUAUUCGUCUCAAAGAUGAAACAACUUCAACAUUUGAUUCAGUGGCAUACUCUACGUCUCUAGAAAAUACGUCUUUACAAGAAUAUUGCAGAUUGAUUAAGCGGUACAGAAAUGCGCUGUUCAUGACUGACGACACGAUAGAGGCUAAGCAUUUCAUUUCCUGCUUCUCCCAUUGGCUCAAGACCAUGGACGAAAUUAGAGGCAAGACAAGUUUUAUUGCAAGCGUUGAAGAGAAUGAGAUUUGCACUGCUCAGGAACUUGUGAAACUGUUACGAGAAUAUGAUUCCUGCACUCUACUCAUCGCAGUUGCCGCAGGUUAUGGCUGGGGCUUUUCUGAUGCAGAUGGUUUGGUGAUGUCUGAUAGUAUUCUAGACUUCAUUGGUGAAUUGCGGCUACAAAACGAAAGUGAAUGGAUCUCAGUUACAGAGGCCGUGAAAAAAUUUUUCUUGGAUAAGGUUCCUUGGAGAACGUCUAGAGGUCUGAGCACGAGUAAUGCUGCGAUUUUCCAGUCAAGCGUCAGUCGAUUUGAGCUAGGAUCUGUUGCCUGGACGCCUACAGGGUUUCCUGCAGGUAUCACGCCUUGGACAGCAGCAUGGCAAGAUAGAUCGAAACCUUACCUGACCAUUCGUCUCAAAGAUGAAACAACUUCAACAUUUGAUUCAGUGGCAUACUCUACGUCUUUAGAAAAUACUUCGUUACAAGAAUAUUGCAGAUUGAUUAAGCGGUACAGAAAUGUGCUGUUCAUGACUGACGACACGAUAGAGGCUAAGCAUUUCAUUUCCUGCUUCUCCCAUUGGCUCAAGACCAUGGACGAAAUUAGAGGCAAGACAAGUUUUAUUGCAAGCGUUGAAGAGAAUGUGAUUUGCACUGCUCAGGAACUUGUGAAACUGUUACGAGAAUAUGGAGCUUUGGUUGAGGUGAAUCGCGAGAGACCGAAGUGCUCAACAAUUAUUCUGAUCGACGUUGAUUUCAUCCUUAAUCGAAAAUUAUCUUCGGAUGUCUUUGUUUGGCUUGGAAAACGUGGAACAGAAGAACCCUUCUAUCUAAGCAAUGGCAUUGGAGUGAACAGUCAGCUUUACUAUUUGCAAAAUGACGUCAUCGUACUUGCAUAUGCAACAAAGACAAGCAUGGACCGAUUUGGGCAAGGAAUUCAUAGAUUUUUCAAGUUAAUUGAUCUCCCACCAACCAUGCCUGUUCUUCUGCAACGUUGGCUCCGACAAAAGGCAACACGAAAUUCAGAAAGCCGAUUAAACUUCAGGGAAAUUGAUAACUGGAGCUCCUGGAUAAGCGAUGUUUACAGAAGAUCUAGAAUCGAUCUUGAAAAGCUAGACAUUAAAUUGGAUAUGCCAGAUCUUGGGCUGUUUCUGUCUGCUCCUUUCAGUGAUUCAGCCGGCCUUAAAAGCUGGGCUGAAGACCUUUGGUUGCAUCACUUUCUGCCACAAGUCGAGAGUUCUGUGGAGGAGCAGGUUGCCGAGGCAACCAAUACUCAGCAGGACUUAUUGAUCCAAGUCGCUCUGAACGCAUUCUUAGAAGGAGCUUUUUUGCCGGGCUGCCCAUGCAAAUUAGAUAUCGGUUAAGUUAGGACUAAAUUUUUAGAUAUUUUAAUCGACUCUGCUAGACCUAAUGCUGUCUGACCAGGAGGAAUGUACUCAUAUUCCAGAGAUUUUGUCGGUGGUCGAAACAGGAAGAUUUGACGAAUUUCCGUAGAUGCUUUCAUCUAAAGGAGGGACUUGAAAAUUUUUUAGAGGAAAUGACCUGUCGUUCUCUGAUUUCCCUGGUGCAAAUCAAGUCCUGUUUCGGAUGCCAACACUCUUGUUGUUCAUGUGUGUAACACCUUUUGCAAUUAGAUAUUACUUUCACAAAGUUUUUAAAGAGGCCGGAAGUUUGUCAUAAUGUGCAGGCCUAAGAGGGGACGUAUUUUCGUCAAAAUUUUCGUCGCAGAGGCACCAUCUUUUACCUUGUUACCUAGCAGUCCAGCCAUAUGAUACUCUGGGUACCAGAGCCUCAAUAAACCGGGGAUAAAGUAUUGUAGACCGCUUCGGUGGCAAAGAAGGAAGCUCAAAUAAUUAUUUCUGGAACUAAUUUCGAACUACAGUAUUCUCUCCAAUUAACGGACACUCUAAAAGGCGGACACAUCUGAUUAGCGGAAAAAAUAUUUUUCCCGAUCAUUUUCUGGUUAAAGUCUCAUAAAAAACUUUCUAAAAAGCGGACACUUAAUUAGCGGACACUCCAAUCAACGGAUAAUAUUGUUUGCACAAAAUAGUGAAUUUGGCUUUUUUUCUUUCCAAUUAGCAGACAGUACAAAACAUUUAGGAGCCAGCGAACAAAAAAAUAAGACAAAUGAAUAUUUUUUCAAGUAUUCCGACAGAGGGCUUGGAGCUUCCGACAGGGGGGCUAAAAUGACUAAAAUAUGCAGUUUUUCGUACGUUAUUUUGUCAAAUUUGCUCCGACAAUAACCUAAAAUUGCCUCCGAUGGGGGGGGCUAAGUGCUUCCAACGGAGGGGCUAUAGCCCCUCUAGCCCUCCCCUGGCGCCACCACUGAUUACACCUUUUAAAUACAAAACUAGGGUCUAUUUUCAACUUUGAAACUUAUAUUGCAAAACUUUCCAAAAGGCGGACAUUUCCAAUUAGCGGACACCUUGCUCUGGUCCCGACAGCGUCCGCUAAAUAAAGAGAAUACUGUAUAUUUCUGAGACUAAAUAAUGGAGACUCUGUCGCCCAGGGUAGCCAUAUGACUGUCUACUGACAAAAAUCUCUUCAUAUCCCCCUUCAACCCUUCUUAAGAUUUAUUGAAUUACUUAUCUUCAGUUUCAUUUUAAGCACUUGUUAUAAACUGCCGACUGAAUCAAAUAAAGUUUUAUCUUACUGUUCUUAUAUACAAAUUCACUUUUUCUAAAACGAAAUGUUUAGUCAAAGUUACGUUGCAAUUAGUUCUUGCAGUUAACAGCGUCAAAAGAUAUGUAAAUGAAGGAACCCUCGUUGUAAAAUAGUGCUGUACCAGAGCAUGCUACGUUUCUAGUUGAUAAGUAUGGAAAAACCACUGCCCCAGUUUUCAACUCUUUAUUAUUCAAAUCUAUUUGACACUUAAGGUGGUGGAAAGGGACACUGUGACUCCUGACAAACUCUAAAAGAACAUAUUGUACUUAACACAGAACGGCAAUUGUUGUACUUAACGACGUCGGAGAAUUUUCAUUCCACCUCCUGUCGCACCCUUUCCCGCCCUGUUCACCAUUCUAUCGACCCGAAUCAUGUUUGCUAGUUUGGUACAUAUUUCAACAGUUUUAUUGCCACUGUUAUCUUGCCUUAAAGCACAAAAAUAAUAGGUGUUACUACCAACAUUAUAAAUUUUAUUCCCGUCCUUUCAAUAACUUUGUAACACACUCAGAAAGAUCAGCUACUUGGUUUGAAACUGGUGUGUUUACUGUCUUAUGUGUUAACUAUUUAAAAACUUGGUACCCUAUUCAGGCGCUGUUCACUUAAUCCGAACGAUACUUACAGACACGGUAAAGGGGACGAAGAUGCAACCCCUUUGAUAGGAGGGUAAAAGUACCCUUGUCAUUUGUUUUCGCAAUUAUCAAGAACAUAUAUAUGAGUUUCCGACUGUAGCAACUUUUACAAAAACUUGCGUGAUUAUUUCGUAUCUGCUAGAAGUGAACCGUUCAUACGCUUAUCGGAAUGGAAAUAUCAUUUACAUAGCAGAAGAAGCUGCAAAUCACUGUUGCAAAUUUUUUCCUUAUCAUGAAGCUAAUAGCCAUGCCCCUGGACCGUGCCGGUGUCUUCAACAACUCUAGACCUCAAAGAUAUUCAUAAAGAAAUACCUAAAUAGAUUUUCAAUGUAAAGUGAGAAACAUAUUACUUUAUCCUCGGUGAGUAUUUAUAAUAAACAAAUUUAUAACAGUUUAGGUAUUGUGAUGUACAUGGUAAACAUUUGCCUUAUCAAAUUCAUCCAGAAAUCCUGUCGUUUUUUGACUCUCUCUUUCUCUUCUGUCGAAAACUAAGAGAAAGUUCUUAUGUUGAUGCACAAGGUAAGGUAAGAGCUGAGACAUACUUGUAAAGCUUUUCACUGCAUCGACCAGUUUCUUAAUUCUCGAAAACUGAGAAAAGGGACCUUAUUUCGACAAGUAUUUUGACAAGAAGCUCAAGGGUAAAGGAAAGCGAAAGAAUGAAAAUUAAUCAAAAUUAUAGGUCCGUGAUUAACAGGGGAAGGGGGUCAUACCCAUCAGUCUACAUUACCAUUCUUUGUCUCCCCCACCUUCAAACAUCACUUUGCCAUGCCACAUCAUUCUAAAGUACCAGGCACCGCGGAGCGUUGAGAAAAGUGGGCUGGUCUAAAGAAAGUGGGGGGGGGCUAAAACCGUAUAAAAAGAGGCUUUUCUGGUAGUUUGAUACUUAAUAUUUGGCAUUUUUAUUAUUUGGCAUCUUAAUAUUUGGCUAAACCCCCCCCCAGCCCUCCCUGCUCCGCGGUGCCCGAGUACCUCAGUGAAGUGAGAAGUCAUGCGAUUAGGGUCGAUGAGAACGGUCUUGCUUUUAGUACAAUGUGUUUUGCAUUUUACGGGCUACGUUAUGAAUUGAAGAUAUACGAAAACAGAACCAAGGUGCACAUACUGUGUGUUUAUCAAGUUUCAGUAAGCUUUUGCGUUUUCAGUAUUGCGUUAACAAGUUAAAUCGUCUGCCACGUGGCGAAGUAGGCCCACCACACCUUGAAUUCCUGAUGCCAUUUAAACCUGCAAGUCAAGCUCCUGUCAUCAUGGGGAUACAAUCAGGAAGGUUAUUAAUGAUGCUGUUGCAAACGCUCUCUGGAAAGACAACAUAAAUGACAAGCAGGAGAAUUGAUGUUGCAAUGGAGCCUCUGUAGCUAGAAUUAUCGGCGCCGAGAUGGAGUUGUUGGGCCGUCCCUGAUUAUGAAACUUGCAUCGUGGAAGUACUUCUCUGCUGUAUUUAAGGGUAAGAAAAAG